UACGUGUUAAACCUUAAACUCUUGGUUAUAUAUAAUAAAUCAAGAAAUAUACCAAAAAUAAAUUUAAAAUAUUAGUCAAAUUAGUUAGCUACAUUAUAUUUAGUGUUUUACAUGUUGGAAUUUUGAAUACACAUUAAAAUUUAGCACCAAUUAAUUGUUAAAUGCUAAAAAUCAAGUUUAAUAGAUUUUUAUUCUAUGGAUUAAAGUAUCAUAACAGAUAUGAAUGAAUCUACUAGAGAAGAUGAAGUUCAAUCAAAUUUUACCACAGAAAAUAUUAAAUUACCUAAUGAAAGAAAAUUUGACAAUAUGGUUAACGGAGGAAGAAAAUUAUCAUCUGAUUUAAUAGAUCGAUCAUGUUAUCCCGGUAAAACCAUGUAUGUUAUGUCACCAGGUCCAAAGAAAUAUCAAACAAUUAAAAAAUCUCCAGAUAAAGAACCAAAAUUUGUACCUUAUGAACCGUAUAAAGCAGCAGUACGGUCUAUAGUGCCAGAAUUAAGUCAACCAUCAAUAGCAGUAUUCAAAAGACGACUUUCAACUACUUCAUCAUGUAGUAAAAUAUCAAAUUUUGUAGAGGAAGAUGAAUUAACAAAAUUAACUCAGGAAAAACAAGCUUUAGAAAAAGAACUUAUUGAAAUAAAAGAAAAGUUUGCGAAUAUGGUCCAACAAAUAGAGUCACAAACUCAAGUAAACAAUGAACUCAAAAAUAUGCUUGUAGCAUCAAUUGGAGAAGAUGUUGAAGCAAAAAUUCAAAUGUUAACUGAAGAUAAAGUUUUAUUAGCUCAUAAACUUCUCAACUAUACUGGAGCAUUAGCUGGACGACAAGAUCAACUAGAAACUGUUGCAGGGGAAAGAGAUGUUUUACGUAGUAAAUUUCUAGCUGGCAGUUUAAUUAUUGAAGACCUAUCUAAAUGGAAAAAUUUUCUUUGUAAGCGGAUAGACAGUUUAGAAAGUAUAUUAAGUACAAUAUUAGAUGAAAAUCGAAAAAAUAGACAUCUUUUGAAAUCAGCACACGAAAAUUUAAAAAUUUUACAAUCUGAAUAUAAAAUUGAACCACUUGUCAAACAAAAAUCACUGAAUAGUAUCUCUAUAGCUGAAGACAUUAACAGGAUAUCAUUAUUGCUUAAACAAAGUUUAGUAAAAAAUUCAACUCAAGAGCUACAAGUUCAUGCUGCAGUUCAUCAAACUGAAGCAGAAACUCGAGCACAACAGCUUUUGGGACAAUUAUUGCCUAGAGAACAAAUAAAUAAUGUUGAUGCUACAUGCAAUGCAAUAAUGGAAGCAUCUCAAGCUCUAGAGUCAAAUAUUCAAAUAUGUUGUACCCAUUGUACAGGAAAUGUAAAAUAUGUUUGAACCUAUUUGCAAAAAUAGUUUAACUUUGUUAUCAUAAUAUUUAUAUAAAAAUAUAUACAUAUUUUAUUUAAU